CUCCUCUCCUCUCCUCACUUCAGCUCUGAUCGCGAGCCUCAGUAACUUUCUACAGCGAGAGGGAUGCAGCGCGCGCCCAGCGCAGCCUGAAAAUGGCAACCCUUUGGAUUUAUCCGUCCCUACUUUUCUUUCUCUUAUCCUCCCUCACGCCGAGUCAAGCCUUACGGAAUUACCCAGAGAAUGAAGUUACAUUGCUGGACACUAUGUCUGCUCUGGGAGACCUUGGCUGGGAGGCCUACCCAGCUGAAGGGUGGGAGGAAAUCAGUGUGAUGGAUGAGAGGAACACCCCAAUGCGCUCCUACCAGGUGUGUAAUGUGAUGGAGGCUAAUCAGAACAACUGGCUACGCACGCGCCACAUCCCACGAGAUGGAGCGCAGCGCGUCUACAUCGAGAUUAAGUUCACCCUGCGUGACUGCAACAGUCUGCCUGGAGUCCCUGGCACGUGCAAAGAAACUUUCAAUAUGUACUACUACGAGUCCAACAAUGCCAACCUGUGGUUCAUCAAGGAGAGCCAGUAUAUAAAGAUAGACACUAUCGCAGCCGACGAGAGCUUCACGCAGACUGACGUGGGCGAUCGUGUCAUGAAACUAAACACAGAAGUCAGGGACAUCAGUAACUUGAGCAAGAAGGGUUUCUACCUGGCUUUCCAAGAUGUGGGAGCCUGCAUCGCUUUGGUGUCCUUGAGGGUCUUCUAUAAGAAGUGUCCUCUUGCCGUUCUGAACUUGGCCCAGUUUCCCGACACGGUGACAGGGGGGGAUUCAGCUUUGGUGGAGGUUAGGGGAUCUUGUGUGAAUGACUCUGAGGAGUUUGAGGCGCCGAGGAUGUACUGCAGUGGAGAUGGCGGAUGGCUGGUGCCCAUUGGACGCUGUGUCUGCAAGCCAGGCUUCGAAGAGAACAAGGACUACUGUCAGCCCUGCAGGUCAGGCACCUACAAGGCCUCUUCCAUGGAUGCCUACUGCACCAAGUGUCCUCCGCACAGUUUCUCCCAUCAGGAGGAAGCCUCAGAGUGUUCCUGCGAGAAGGGAUUUUACAGAGCUGACAUGGACCCACGGUCAAUGGCCUGCACCCGGCCUCCAUCAGCACCCGAGAACCCCAUAUCCACCCUAAACGACACCUCUGUGACACUAGAGUGGAGUCCCCCGAGAGACAGCGGUGGGAGAGGAGACGUCACAUACAGCGUCCACUGCAGAAAGUGUGCCGGCGACGGAAAGACAUGCAGCCCCUGCAGCAACAACGUACAUUUCAUACCUCGACAGUUUGGUCUCUCGAUCCCUAAAGUGUUGAUCACAGAUCUGCUGUCCAACACCAACUACACCUUUAGCAUAGAGGCCGUGAACGGGGUGUCCGAUCUGAGCCCGACCCCUAAACAAGAAGUCACUGUCAACAUCACCACCGGUCAGACAGUGAAUGUGAUCCUGAAAGAGAGAAAGAGUAAAGACAGCAUCACACUGGCCUGGCAAGGACCUGACAGACCAAACGGAGUCAUAGUGGAAUAUGAAGUCAUCUACUAUGAGAAGAACCAAAGAGACCAGAACUACACGGUUCUGAAAACCAAAGCCCACAUGAUGACAGUGGAGGGCCUGAAGCCGGGCACCACCUAUGUGUUCAGAGUGAGGGCGCGCACUGACGGAGGCUACGGCAGCUACGGUGGAGAGAUAGAGCUGGAGACCAGUCAUGAGGAUAUGCUGGCCAUUGGGGACCCUAACCAGUCCACAAUCCUUGCGGUGUCCAUAGCCGGUGGCAUUGUGCUCCUUAUCUUCCUGGUGGCGUGUUUUGUAGUGAGCGGACGGUUUGCCAGGAGAUUAUUCCUUGACACCAGGCCUCAGGCACAUUGUGGCUAUAUCAAAGCGAAGCAAGAUCCAGAUGAAGAAAAAAUGCAGUUUCAGAACGGGAGAGUGAAACUGCCAGGAAGCAGGACGUACAUUCACCCCCACACUUAUGAGGACCCAAAUCAAGCCGUCCGAGAUUUUGCCAAGGAAAUCGAUGCCUCUAAUAUACGUAUAGAGAGAGUUAUAGGUGCAGGUGAGUUUGGUGAGGUUUGCAGUGGCCGUCUGAAGCUCCCCAGCAAGAGAGAAAUCUACGUGGCCAUCAAAAGUCUGAAAGCAGGAUACUCCGAAAAGCAGAGGCGGGAUUUCCUGAGCGAGGCCAGCAUCAUGGGACAGUUCGACCACCCCAACAUCAUCCGACUGGAGGGAGUCGUUACCAGAUGCAAGCCCGUGAUGAUUAUUACAGAGUACAUGGAGAAUGGAUCGUUGGAUACUUUCCUGAAGAAACACGAUGGGCAAUUUACAGUCAUUCAGCUGGUGGGGAUGAUGCGUGGUAUCGCCUCAGGAAUGAAAUAUCUGUCUGACAUGAGCUACGUCCACCGUGACCUGGCGGCACGAAACAUCCUGGUGAACAGUAAUCUGGUGUGCAAAGUGUCCGACUUCGGCCUAUCCAGAGUGUUGGAGGACGACCCUGAAGCUGCGUACACCACACGGGGUGGAAAAAUUCCCAUUCGAUGGACGGCUCCUGAGGCUAUAGCGUACAGGAAGUUCACCUCAGCAAGUGACGUUUGGAGUUACGGCAUCGUCAUGUGGGAGGUGAUCUCAUAUGGAGAGCGGCCUUAUUGGGAGAUGUCUAAUCAAGACGUGAUUAAAGCUAUAGAUGAGGGUUACAGGCUGCCCGCUCCGAUGGACUGUCCCGUGGUCCUCCACCAGCUGAUGUUGGACUGCUGGGAGAAGACUAGAAGCGAACGGCCAAAAUUUGGGCAGAUUGUCAACACUCUUGACAAACUCAUCCGCAACCCCAACAGUCUGAAAGAGCUUGCCAACAGCUCAGUCUGGGAAGACCCCACCACCCCAGAGUUCAGCGUGAGUACGGUGGAUGAAUGGCUGGACGCCAUCAGUAUGGGCCAGUACAAGGACAACUUCGCCAGCGCGGGCUACGUUUCUCUAGAUUCCAUACUGUACAUCAGCUUGUGUGAGUUAAGCAAGAUGGGUGUGACUCUGGUGGGGCACCAAAAGAAGAUUGUCUCUGCCGUCCAGAGCUUGCACGCACAGGGGACACACGUUCAGGUAUAACAAGUCUUCUCCACCGCCUGAGAGCGUACAGACUGAGAGAGUUAACAACUGCUCCCACUACAAUCCCUAUCAGCAGCUUCACUGUACAGUUCCCACCCUGGAUGUUUCCGCAUACGACCCUUUCGUCAGCGCUCUGGCUUCCGUCCAUGCACGUCCGAGCUUCCUACGAGUCGAGGGACACACGAGACCGAUCUGCAAUCGCUUGACAAGGCCACGGCAAAUCAGAUAUGAAGUAUGGUCAUCAAACAAACAAAAAAAGGAACAAUAAUACAUUAGGGAGAAUUCACAGCUUGUGUUUUACAGUUUCAACGUUUGCAUUUCAUAUGUGAUCUUUAGCAUAUCAAAGGUCGGACUUUUUAUGAAAACGAGGGUUUUUGUUUCUUUUUAUCACGUCCAUGUUUGGGAUAUCGGUAUGUUCUUCUACAUCCACUAUAAGCCACAGUACCAUAACAGAAGAUGUUAAUAGUAUAUUUAUUUUGUCAUAGUUGAGGCAUUGGUUGAGCACCGAAAAGACAAGUUUGCGUUCCACCAGCAAAGAUGGCACCUGGAACGACAAAGAAGUGUGAGGAUGGCAAGAUAAGAUAAGAUCAUUAUAUUCUGUUUAGCUGAGAAAUAACUGCUCUUCAUUCAUCGUGUGUUCCUUAUGUGAACAGGCGCUGAAACAGUGCAAGCAUUUGUAUGAGAAACCGUUUGACUUCCAAAUAAAAAGUGAAAUGUUAUUUCUGUCCAUUCGCCGCACAGACACGUUGUUCAACUGCAGCGAAAACAACUUUACAUCAUCAUAACGUGUGUGUGCCACGUCCGCAUCGUCGUUACGUUUACACUCAUAGUGCGUGACCACAUAUACUAUUGUACUAUAGUGUAUAAAAUGUACAGUGUUGAUUUAAAAAACGAAGACAAAAUCGAAAAAACACGCGAAAAACUAGAAUGUUUGUAAUGAUGUACUUUUAUUUAGUAUGAAGAGGAGUUAGCGGCCGUGUGGUGCGUUAUCACCGCUGUCUGCUGAUGUGCGAUAAUAACUCAUCUCUGGAAUGUAGCAUGGAUCCUAAGCUUCGUCUUUGAUUGACAGGUGACAGUGACUGCAGUUUUUUCACUCAAGUGGUGCCCUUAGCUGCUUGACUUUAGAUGCCUUAUUAACUGUGCAGUUCUUUCUCUUUUUUCCCGUCCUCCCCUUAGAAAUGAUAUCAUGAAGUAUAAUGUAUAUAGUAUUUAUCAUUGCGUCACUGAGAAGCUGGAGCUCGAUAUUAAAGCCAGGCUCAACAUGUUUACUGUUGUUUUAGUCUGCUGUUUGUGGAAACGCAUUCGAUCCGCCCCGCUCUCGCGGGAGGCACGGGCACAUGUGGUAUGUAGGGACGGAGAGGUUUUAAUAAAUCUAUUGGGCUAAACUAAAUUCCUCAUGCUAACUUUACUGAGACUGAUUUGCUGCACUGUAUAUUUUUGUACUAGUGAGGUUGUUCUGUAAAGUCAAAGUCUACCUGUUUUAUUUAAAUAUAUAUGAGACAAAUACAGGAACUGAUGGUACUGAGAGAUAAUCAUAAUUUCAGAUCAUGAUCAUGAUUCCCUCACAUCAUUUCAAAUUUUGAUUUCUUUUAUGUCAUUAAUCGUUUCGAUGCUUCAGCACAACACUGUAACUAAUCGCAAGAGCUACUCAGAAUCUGUCGGGUUUCUUGAUUCAAAACUCUUUUAAAAUGGAAUUAUGAGUAAAAUAAGUAUGUCAGAAUUCUGUGUCUGCAGAAUUCGGGUGGCUUUAACGAAGCACACACAACCACGGUUCCUUCUGUCAAUUUUUAAGGAAAAUUCAUCAUCUGUCAUUAGAUUAUGUAAAGUUUAACUGGAAAAUUUUAUACCAUGUUGACAUAAAUGGCAAAAACAAAGAAAAUAUUGCUAAUGGGUCACAAUAUUGCACUUUUCUUUUAAUUUAGCAUAUUUUUAUUCAGAGAAAAACACACUUCCUUAAACAAGCGAUUAUGCAUUUAGAUUAAUUGAUUUGUUCUAUCCUGAGAUUAGUUAAUGAAUCUUAUACUCUUAAUCUGAGAUUUCAAUAUGGAAAAUAAUUGCAGAAGGCCAGAAUCUCAUCCAUUUUUAUGCUAAUUUUUUUUUAAAUCUAUUCAACUCUGUCUCAGGAGGCAAUAUGCUGAUGUGGCAAAAUUGAAUUGGCUGCACGAAAUCCCAUUGAAACAAUAAAAACAUGAUUUGACGAUGAUGCUGAUAAUGGCAAUAUUAACAACCAUUAAUAAAACAUAAGCUCCAAAUUUUACUACUGCAACAUAAUCUUUCUGGUUUUGCAAAUACAGCUAAGGAAAGAAAUCUAUCUGUAUCUGCUCACCAAAUGAAUCAAAGCAGGUGGUUGUGUGACUAAACAAUGUUAGAAGGAUGUGGAAUGUUGUUAAUAUAAUAGAAGAUGAUAGAUGAACAUUGCUUAUAAAGUGGUUGUCUUUUUGUUCUGCCCUGGCUCUGUACAUGUGUUUGGGCUGAUCCUUUGUGAAUGAUCUCUGUUCUUUUGUAAGCUAUGUGCCCAUCAUCUCUUCACACACUGCAGGUUUCUAUGGGCUUGCGAAAAAAAGUGUACGCAUUGAGGCUCUUAAUGUCGCUGUAAUAAAUGCUAAUAUUUUUAAUUUCUCACCUGAA